AUGCUGCGUCACUACUCGAGAGACCCGCGCCAGGCAGAGGAGGAGGCAUCGACCGUGCGAGGCCAUCGGGUAGAGCGAGCGCGGACAGAGUCCGGAGGCGCUUCUUCCUCCUACACCGCCUCUUCCUCCUCCACCGCCUCUUCCUCGUCAUCGGCAAGGCUUGCCAAUGCGUGGAACUCGACGCCGAUCAAGUGGUACCCUAUCCCGGUUCUGUUGGGUGCUUGUGUCCUCGUGGGUGUCCAGGCAAGGCGGAACUACGUCCGGGAUAGGAGAGAAGAGCGAGGAACUAAAGCGAAGAUCGUCGACGAGAAUGGCAAGGUUGUGACAAUGCAAGGCCCCUGGACAGUCUACGUCUUGGGGGCGCUGCCUCUCAAUGCUAUCUCAAGAGCAUGGGGCUGGGCCAAUGGACUGACGCUUCCUGUUUGGUUCCGGCCCUUUGGCUUCCGGCUAUAUGCGCGCAUCUUUGGGUGCAACCUGGACGAGAUGAAGGACACCGACCUGACCCACUACAAGAGUCUCGGCGAGUUCUUCUAUCGCGAGCUCAAGGAGGGAGCAAGGCCUAUCGAUGAUGCUCCUCUUGUCUCGCCGGCCGAUGGUACGGUGCUUCAUUUUGGAACGAUCAAAGGUCGACGUGUGGAACAGGUCAAGGGUGUGACCUAUUCGCUCGAUGCGCUACUUGGUCUCACAUCAGACCCACAGGGCAUCGAGACGAAUAGCGGAAGGCCCGAGGCUGCCCGUGGUGGCAUCGACGAGCGGCAAUUUGCAAGUGUCAAUGGGAUCGAGUACAGUCUUGAUCGCUUGUUGGGAGACGACGAGAAGACAAAGGAGGGCAAGCCUCGAUGGAGGGUGGCCAGCUGGAAGUGGUGGAAGAGCUGGGUAGUGUCGUCCUCGAAAGGCCCCGCAAGCACGACGGGAAUCCCUGCCUCGCACCCGGCGAGAGCUCCCCCGACAGGGCCUUCUCAGGAACCAACAAAGUCCUCGACAAAACCAGUCAAUGAAGCGGACGAGGAAGAAGCUGGUGUGCCUACGCCCGACACACCCGAGGUGCUGGGUCGGUAUGCCAACGUGGCCUACGACAUGGGCAGCGGCGCCCUGCCUCCGAUUCUCCAGCGACACUCUCCCGGUCGCGAGGGCGUGGCCGAGGAGAACGACCUCUUCUUCUGCGUCAUCUACCUCGCGCCUGGCGAUUACCAUCGCUUCCACAGUCCCACGAGCUGGGUCGCCGAGCGCCGACGCCACUUUCGCGGCGAGCUCUACAGCGUCUCGCCCUAUGUCGCCUCGCGGCUGUCCAAUCUCUUUGUCCUCAACGAGCGCGUGGCCCUCCUCGGCCGGUGGCGCCACGGCUUCUUUGGAAUGGUGCCCGUGGGCGCAACCAACGUCGGCUCUAUUCGCAUCAACUUUGACAAGGCCCUUCGAACCAAUGUCCGCGACCAGCGCCGGCUCGCGGGCACCUACUCAGAGGCCACGUACGCUAGCGCAUCGAUGCUCCUCGGCGGUCAGCCGUUGAUCCGGGGAGAGGAGAUGGGCGGCUUCUUGCUGGGCAGCACAAUCGUCCUCGUCUUUGAGGCGCCAAAGGAGUUUGACUUUGAUCUAGAGGACGGGCAAAAGAUCAAGGUCGGCCAAAAGCUUGGAGACAUUACUCCAAAGUAG